GAAAAAGAAAGGUUGGGCAAGAUUACGACAGCCACGAAUGAAAUGAAAAAUUGAGAGGAGAGUGACGGCUCUGUUUCUGCAUGGAAGGGGCGGCUCUUGUUUCAAACCCUCAAAUACUUCCAUUAUCUCAAAAUCUCAAGAAAACCCUGAAAAACCCAAAAAUAGAAAAAGAUUAAAUAGAAAAAGUUCACAAAAGUUCAAACUCAAAUCAGUCUCUUUCCCAUAGAAAAAGAAGAAGUCCCCUGUUUCUGUUCUGUUGAGUUCGAUUUUGAAAAUUCAUAACAAAGUUGCCUUUUGUGCCUUACCCCCUUUUUCAUUAAAGGCAGACUGGCGGAUUGUGUCUUAAUUCUUCUCUUUCAUGGCGUACAACCUACUUUAUCCUUAAUUCUUCCCUUUCUCUCUUCUUUUUAUUCCUUUUUCUUUCAUUAACUUCUCUGUUUUUCACCUUAUAUUUCAUACUCUUCACAAACAGAGUACCUUCUUCGUUUCUGGGUCAUUCCUAUUUUCACAGUAGUAUUUGUAUGAGGCUGAAGAAUUUGAUGGAAAAUAAGCAGUUGGAUUUUAAUCAGCCAUUUCUUUCUGUGAGGCGGGUUUCGUCUAUGGAAACUUCGUUGGAAGCUAACGAAACGGCGAGAACGGAGAACCGUUGGCCACCUCUUCCUGUUUAUAAGUCGGAAUUGAAAUCUGGUCCAGUGAGGAAUCCAGGAAAUGUUCCUUUUCUAUGGGAACAUGCCCCAGGAAGGCCUAAGGAUGGAAGAAAAUCACAAACCAUAGCUUUGAAAUCGUCUACCGCCAUCCCGAAAUGCUCUCCUGGGAUAGAUUCAAAGAAACAGCAUUGUAAUAGCAAAGGGUCAAGAAGUGGAGAUGCAAUUCCAAAUUCUGACCAUUUCCCUUCCCAUAAAAACAUGGUUAAGUUUAAGACAUUGAGGGAGAGGAUUGAGAGAGAUUUAAGUUCUGAUUCGGAGGACGGAGACGAGACUUAUCUCGAAGCAAACGACACGCUUUCUAGAUCUGAGUCAUUUUCCAUGAACUGCAGUGUAACUGGUUUGAGUGGAUUGGAUGGUGGUGAUGUUAAAUCAUCAGGAACAUCGAAAGAUCAGCAAACUUGCGACUUCAUGAUGGGACGAUUCUUGCCUGCUGCCAAGGCAUUGGCUUCAGAAACACCUCAAGUUUCUCAUAGAAAGCAAAGUGUUCAAAGAGAGCAGCAAAGAGAGGCAAAGAAGAUGGUUGAAAUGGAUAAGGAAUGCCGAGUAAAUUCGCUUCCACUGAUGUUGCCAUCAUAUCAUGCUCCUCCGAAUCCACAGGACGACGAAGAAAGUAGCGGAGAUGAUGAUGUUAAUCUAGAUGAAUCUGAAUACUCAUCUCCCAAAUCUUGUGGUCUGUUCGCUCGGUUUUGCUUGAGAAGUUCCUUUUGCCUUUUACACCCGGUUCCCGGGAUGAGAACGCAAGGCUCGUCUGUUGCUUCAGCUCAUAGAGUUCAGAAUGAUAAUUUGACUGAUAGUUCUUGCAGCAGCAUUAAGAAUCUUAGAAAUGAGGAAAAAUCGCUCAAUGGGAACUGGAUGGUUGAGCUACACGAAGAAAAUACUGUGCUUAGAGGUCAAUUAAAUAGAAAGGGCAUGUCAAACGACCCGAAAAAACACAAACCUCUCCUUUCAGAAGGAAAAGUUUUUCACAGUGACCCAGAAAGAGUUAAUAGUUCCAAAGUGCACAGUGAACAACAUGGAAGUGGAAGAACCAAAUUUCGUGAAUUAUUAGUGAACGAACCGUCUUCAGGGAGCUCCCUUGUCGUCGAGAAAACCUUGCACGUAGAUUCUGUUCACAAUAUGAAGUCUCAAAGUUCAAAUUCAAAGUCUGCAGAUACAAAGGGAAUAACAAAUUGCUUGAUGGAGAAUCGUGAUAAGUCAACAAGAAGCAGAGAAACUAAAGAGAUUCUUCAUUUGGAUUCUAAUGUUGAAAGUGAAAACAAGAGGUUGAGCUCUAUAAGUAUGGAGUCUAUGGAUUUAUGUUCAUCUUAUUACAAUGCAAAAACGAACUUGAAGGCAAUAUCAUCAAAAGCAACAGUGACAGAUGAAAGAACAAUUGAUUCUGAAAGUGAUCAAUCAGAGAGAUCAGGCAAUCAAGAAACUUCAGGAAGCCUUCAUCAUAAAAAGUUGAGUCAAGAAAGCUCAGAUGACUCUUGUAAGGAUUUUAUCUCAUUUACAAGUUCAGAAGCUUCAAACAGGGAAAAGUUACAUUUCGAGAGCAAAGUGGUAAAGGGGAAUUCUAAAGGCCAUGACCAGGAUUCUAUCACAUUGACAAGCUCAAGAGCCACAACUCAAGGCAAAAUCGAUCUCGAAAGUGCUUGUCAACUGAAAAGAUCCCGGCCAAAUUCUUCACAACUAGCACUUGCUCCACCUCUACCGAAAUCUCCAUCCGAGUCCUGGCUUAAGCGCACAUUGCCAACAAUUUCGUCAAGAAACUCGGUGCAGAAGUCCAAUCUUGCUGCUCGCAAUUACGCUACAAGGAAAAACACUGUAUUCUGAUCUCAAAUGGGAAAAGAUUGCUAAAAGUCACUGCUUCCCAGUUCUUCAAUGAUGGAAUUGGUCAUCAAGAUCACAAUUGUACUGUGGUGAAGGCAUCACUGUUAUUUGUAGUGACUCUAAAUGGAAGUAGUACACAAGAGAAGGAGAAUUUAUCUUAGUAAAGAGGUGGGAAAGUGGUAAUUACAAUUGUACAUGCCCAAAAAGUUAUUUAAAGUGCUUUAUACAAAGUUACUAUUACUUGUAGGCUUAAGAUGGGAAAAAAAUAAAAGUAUUUUUGUUAGUCAUGCUGUGAUGAGUAAUUACAAGCUUUAGUCUAUGAACUUUCUCAUGUAUACUCUCGAUCAAAAGUGACGAAAUCGAAGAACAAACAGGAACACAAA